CCUUUAUCCCAUCAGCCCAAAAUUAUUUUGAAUUUGAACUGACGACUAUGCCUUGAAACUCAAAACGUCCUUACUCUCCUUGUCUUCAAAAGGAGCAUGAAUUUCUAAAACUAGGUACAGUUUUAUGCAAAUAUAUGAGUAGCUGGUGUAGGAAACAUGCCCGUGAGACCUAAGCUUAUUCUCUCUAGAUUACACAAGAGCAAGAGGGGUAUUGUUUAUGGCGUGCAAUACAUUAGAUACUCCGAAUAUAUUGGUUGUUGAAAGACUGUAAAGGUUGACUCUGGAGCGCUGUAUUUGGAUUGCAUGCUUUGGUGAGUUGGGUAAGUGUCCGCUCGCAGGCUGUCGUUGUGAUCGUUCCUAGUUUUAUAAAUUUAAUAUAGUCACUCAAUCCGCAGUUGUCAUGUUUGUUUAUUUGAAUGAUACACAUUUUACAAAUAGAUUCAGAGUAACUGAAUUGUAUACAACUACAUCAAUCCAUAGAAAUAUUUAUGUAUGGAUUUUCCGUCCAAAAUUGUUACUCUCUUCUAGUUUGUGAUGAGCAGAAUACACUUGUGUCACACUCGUCUCCCGUUUUUCUUGAUGUUCUACUUUUAAAACAAUUACCUUUAGAUAAGUUUGGCUGGUAAAAUAAUCAAAAAAGUCACUGUCAAUAAAGUUGCCAGUGUCUUGGUACAUGGUGAUCAGUUUGAAAGAGUUAAGAGAAGUUAAAAAACAUAAUCAUAGGGCGUUUCGUAGUCACGUUUUGGAACUUCUGUUGUUGUUUAGCCCUCGUCAAAUGCUUCAUUUUCAGGCACGGCUUCCGUAUAAAGGCAACUUUUUUUCACUUCGACCUUGAAAAAUGUUAAUCACCGAAGGAGAUCAUGUUCUAUUAUUCAAAGAACAUUGCUACAAAUUCGUCAAAAUCUCCUCAGAGAAGAGAGAGACAUUUGAUGGAAAAGUAUUCUCUCUAAGGAAUGCGAUUGGUGUGCCAUUUGGCUCUAAAUUUUUCGUUUCAGGAGAUCAAAUUCAUCCCACUAAACAUGAGUCAAUAAUUGAUAUAGAAAUUCCACCGAAUAAUGAAGAAAAAUAUGGUGCGGUUGGUUUAAAAGAUAACAGAAAUAUCAAAGUUUCUCAAGCUAAUCAGAAAUUAUCUGGUUCAUAUAUCGAACAAUUGCGUCUUAAUGGUGUUUCAGGACAAGAUAUAUUAGACCAGUUAGUAGAAGGCAACCUAAAUUUUGAACAAAAAACAGCAUUCUCUCAACAAAAGUACCUCAAGAAAAAGAAAGAUCGGCACCUGAGUUUAUUCUCAAUUGAAAAGCCUAAAGCGCGCAUAUGUUUUGAAAUAUUCAGUAAUCUUCGCCCAGAAAAGUGUCUUGGACUGCGUUUCGAGACAGUAUGUCGUAUCCUGUCUUAUGCUAAUAUUCAUGCAGGAUCAACUGUUCUUCUUUGUGAAACUUGUUCUGGACUUAUCACAGCCGCUACACUCGAACGUAUUGGCACAGAUCAACCAAAAGGAUCUGUGAUUCAAUUUUACCAUGGUUCAUCGUUUCCGCAAUCAGAAAUUAGUUCUGCAUACACACAUUCGUACAGUGGAAAAGUUCAUCCUGUUCGUUUAUUGGAUGUAUUACCAAUCUUGUUAUACAAAGCUACUUUAGAUACCAAUCACGAAUUUGAGGCCAAUCAUCUGGAUGACAGCAAUUCCCAAAUUUCGUCUAAGAUUCGUAAAAUCGAUGAAGAUAUUUCUUCUGAGGAGAUAGCUCAGAGUGAAAACCGAAACUCACCAAAACAAUCCAAAAGCAGUGAAUAUUACAUUUCAUCAUUCAACCAAAUCUUUGGAAAUAAUCGUCCUACACCAGAUUCACUUGUCAUCGUUACUCGAUUUCAUCCGGUCGAUUUAACUUUAACCUUACUUCAAUUUCUACCUAUCGGGCGGCCAUUUGUAGUUUAUACACAAUAUAUACAACCCCUUGUUGAUCUGUACAAUGUUUUAAAACGACGCGGUGGAAUAACACAUCUUCGUUUAACCGAUAGCUGGUUUCGACAUAUUCAAGUAUUACCAGAGAGAACGCAUCCUGAAAUUAAUACGUCAUGUUCAAAUGGUUACCUUUUAACCGGUUAUACAGUGGAACCUGUAUUAAGUACAAAAGAAUUUUUAGAGUCUGGAAUUUUAUCAUCUUUUGGUUGAUUUAAUGUUUGAAAUGCUUUUUUAAUUCUUCGGAAUGUAUGGGUGAUGUAUAUGUAUAGUCUUUCCAUAUUUUAUACAGAUGUUUUUGUAACCGAAAUAGUUUUUGAAUUCAAUAUUUUCUGGUUUUCCUUUAACAGUUUAUAUAUCAUGUCACAUUUCCACGGUCAAUAAAAAAUAUAGGUACAGUUCUGUAACUACUUGCAAAUUUCUGGUAGUAGUAUGAACAACAUUUAUUGCAUUAGGGCUAACAAUGCUAUUAGACUGGUCAGAUCAAACUGAAUAGACUAAUAUUGGAAAUAGCCGUCUAGUCGUUAAAGCAGUUAGCUUCCAAUCACCAUGUUGCUGAUUUGAACUGCACUCCACUAACUGUGGUUACGGUAGCCGUGUAGUAUCACUAGCCCCCGCACCUAAAGUAUCGCUAAAAACCAAGUUCAUAAACCCCAUUCUCCUAGUAGUUGUGUUUAUUUGAAUAUAGUCUAUCUCAUUUGACAGCUUGUUUUUCUCGUUUUCGUUAUAAGUUGCAUAGUUACAACCUAGGUCAGAAACCGUUAUCAGGAACUUUUCUAUUUUGUGUCCAAGAUGAUAAGUUUGAAAAUUGAGAAAUAAACUAAAUCGCAAACCAAGUUGUGUUUACGCAAAUCGGACUACAUUAUAAUAAACUCUUAUGUAAUAUUGCGUUUGGUUUCCGUUAUACGAACAGUAACAACCCCCUUGCGUCUGUCUUCAUUUCUACUUCUCGCUAACUAGUUUACAGUCGAUCGAUAAAAAAUUUUCUGUAAGCUUCAGUAUUUUCAGUAGGGGGUUAUGGAGAUUGUUGAAUUUCUUUAAA